GGAGCUGUGAGGUGGCAUAUGAUUUCAACCAUCCGCCCGAUUGAGGGGAACGUGCAAACGAUGGUGAAAUUCGACCUUCGUGAGGAUGAAAACGAGUUGAAUUACAGUGACUUUUUCUUCAAUGAUUCUUUCAUGACUAACUUCUUCAAUUUAAGCGAGCCGAUGGACGACAUACUCUCGGGAUUCCACACAUUUCUCAUUACCGCCUAUACUUUGGUCUUCUUCUUUGGCACAGUUGGCAAUAUUUUGGUUAUAUGCAUAGUGCUGAAGAAACACCAGAGGCAGAGGCUUGUGGAUAUCUUCAUUGGGCAUUUAGCAGUGGCAGACAUGGUGUUCCUCAUCACUCUACCGCUGUGGACAGCUUCCCUCUCCCUCCACGGACUGUGGCCUUUCGGCAACUUCAUGUGCAAGCUGGCAUCCUACGUGAUCUGCGUGAACAUGUUCUCCAGCAUCUACUUCCUGACCUGCAUGAGCGUGGACAGGUUCAUGGCCAUUGUCCUGGCGCUGGACACGAGGCGCGUGCGGACCAAGCGCUACGCCCAGGGCACGGCCCUCUUUGUCUGGUUGUUCUCCAUGGGGCUCGGCAUCCACGUUUUCUUCUUCAGAGCUGUGGACGGGAACGGGCAUUGCGUAGACGAUCUGUCCCUGGCCAAGACGGUCUUCUCCCUGCUCAUCAGAGUGAUCGCCUUCCUGCUGCCGCUGCUGACCAUUGGCAUCUGCUAUACCUCUGUGGCCAUCAAGCUGCACCAGCACUUCCAGCAGAACAACAGGGUGGAAUGGAAGAAAAGGCGAUCCCUGAGGGUCGGGCUUUGGAUUCUGGCCCUAUUUUUGCUCGCCUGGCUGCCCUUUAACGUCUUGGUCACAAUCCAGACUUUGCGUGAGUCGGGAUACCUUGAUCUGGACCCUGACACCAAACUGGAGCACGGACUUGCUCUGGCCACCUGCCUGGCCUUCAGCAACAGCUGCAUCAACCCUUUCAUCUACUUUUGGCUGGACGGCUGCAUGAGGAGACAGCUGCUGGGGCUGCUCCCAUACAAGGUCGCCGGGAUGGCCAGCAGGAGGAGGAGCAGCUUGAGCACCUCCAACACCUUCCCGGAGAGGGACUCCAUCAUGUCCAGGGAGACGGAGAGGGAGGUCCAAUUCGGCGACAGUGCUCAGGCCUCCUCAUGCGGAAAGGAGAACUUCGAGCGGCGCCCGGUGAAUGGAGAGACUCUGUGUUAAUGGGAUCCUUCCAGAUCAUUAGUGAAGUAUAUUCCGUUUCUUUACAUAACCCUGAACACCAUAUAUAUCUGAACAAUCCCUCUUAAAUGCCAUUGUAAAUAAAAAUAAAAACAGGUCUCCAGAGUAGAAAAAGUGUUUAUAGUG